AUGGUGCAUAUACUGGUCAGGAAGGUCGAGGCCACCAACAUGUUCUUCUCCUCCUGGGUCUUAGUAUUCUUGGUGGUAGGACUCAUCAUAGAAGAAUGAGCUGAACUGAAGUUGGGACCCCCAAAACCUAUGAUAAGCCACAAUCCAUGGAUAUGUUGUACUUCCCUGUGGCCAUCCAAUGGCCUGGAAGUGGUCAGGAACAUUCUGAUUGUGGUGUUCGGCCUUUCUUUCAUGCAUAGCUUGCUCCUGGGUUUUGAAUUCACCUAUACGAUUCCUCAAACCAAAUAUACUCUCAUUAUGACUGCCUGCUUCGCUUUCCUCACAGGCAUCCUUCUGCUCAGUGCACUCCUCCUGUAUCACCACAUGCUAACUCAAGGUGAAUCUGUGUAUUAUUUGAGUUACAAGGUCUCCUGGAUCAUUUUCACUGCAUACUUAAACAUUUUAUUGUUAUUCACCUCUGGAUUUCUCUCUCUCUUACAGUACAAGCAGUCCACCAAUGGUUCUGGCAGCCUGAUCACCAUCCGCAAAUCUGCCAGAGAAAGUCAAGUUAUGGAACAACAUGUAGUUUCUAUCAAAGUUGUCUCAUUACCAGCAGGUACUGCAAUGCCUCAUAGUAUUGUCCGGUAUAACGAAGCAGAGGUAGCAAGUCCCAAUACUGAAGUCUCCAUACGGAAGGCAAUUUAUGUGGUCACUGUGGUGGGGAACGUUGGCUUGAUUAUUCUUAUUGGCCUGAACCCUCACCUGCACACUCCCACGUACUAUUUUCUCUUCAAUCUUUCCUUCCUUGAUCUCUGCCACUCCUCUGUCAUUACUCCUAAAAUGCUGAUGAGUUUUGUGAGCCAGAACAUCAUCUCUUAUGCAGAGUGCAUGACUCAGCUCUGCUUCUUCUCCUUCUUUGUUAUUGAUGAGUGCUGUAUUUUGACGUCAAUGGCCUAUGACCGAUACGUGGCCAUCU